AUGGAGUUGAUUUUUUCCGUGCAACAAAUUUUAGAGCAACAAAAGUUACGUGUUGCUGUCAUGGAGUUCUCUGACUAUGCUUUAUCAUGGUGGGACCAGACCAACCUCUCACGACGUAGACAGAGAGAGCCUCUCGUGGGCACUUGGAAUAAGUUGCGAGGACUCAUGCAGAGAAAGUUCGUGCCGCCACAUCAUCACCAUGAGGUACUACGGAAGUUGGAAGGUUUGAAGCAAGGAUCAAGAACGGUGGAUGAAUACCACAAGGAGUUAGAGAUGUUGCUGAAGCAAGCUGAUGUUGACGACGAUCCUGAACGUAUUAUGGCCCGUUUUUUCAAUGGGCUUAAUCAAGAAAUUGCUGAUAGUUUGGAGAUGUAUCAUUACGUGGAUUUUGAGAAUAUGGUACACCAAGCCAUCAAAUUGGAGAGACAAUUGAAGAAAAAGACUAAGGUGCACAUACAUCAAAGGACGCCGCAGCCGACAAACAUGUCAAAGCCGCAACCUCCCUCAACAGCAAGCAAAGGGAAGGAAUCCGCCGUUGCUGCAUCGUCACAAUCAAAGGGUACGACAUCCUCUCCAAAUAAUGGAUCCACUACUCGCACUCAUGAGUUAUUUUGUUUUAAGUGUCAAGGACAAGGACAUUUUGCCAAUCAAUGUCCUAACAAGAGGACCAUGAUCAUCACGUCCACCAGAGAUUAUGUAUCCGAAUUCGAGGAGGACAUGGAGGAGACCGAAGAGAUCAAUCCAGAGGAAGAUGAAUCCAUAACCAAUAGUGGAUUGACGUUGGUGACCUUGCGACCUCUUAGUACUUUGGCCAAAGGUGUCGAGGACACGGAGCAACGGGAUAACUUAUUCCAUGGGAGAUGCAAGGUGGGAAAAAAGAUCAACGUUCUCAAAAAAGUGGAUUUGGAGUUUGAGAUUCAAGGCUACAAAGACAAAGUGAGGUACACUUUCUCCCAUCUUGGGAAACCUAUUACUUUGAAGCCAUUGAGUCCGAGAGAGGUCAACGAGGAUCAAAAGUAUUUAUACAAACAAUAUGGUGCGGAACAAAGCGAGAAAAAGCUCAAAAGAAUGGAUUUUGAUGAUGUGUUUCCCGAAGAAGUACCUUGUUGGUUGCCUCAAAUUCAAGGGAUUGAGCAUCAAAUUGACUUUAUCCCGGGAUCUGCUCUUCCGAACCGGCCAGCAUAUAGAGCCAAUCCGGAUGAGAUAAAGGAAAUCAAUAAGCAAGUUGAUGAGUUGUUGAGCAAAGGAUGGGUUCUUGAGAGCCUCAGUCCUUGUGCAGUGCCCGUACUUUUGGUGUCAAAGAAAGAUGGAGGAUGUGCGUUGAUUGUCGUGUUGUCAAUGCAAUUACGUCAAUCUAUUGAUGCACACACAAAACAUGUUAAUGAUGUACUUGAUGUUCUUCGAAAUGGGAAGUUGUUUGCUAACCGCAUGAAGUGCAAUUUUUGUGUCGACAAGUGCAACUUCCUUGGUUUUAUUGUAGGAAAAGAUGGGAUUAGUGUGGAUGAAAGCAAAGUAAAGGCACCGACGAGCGUGAAGGAUGUUCGGAGCUUCCAUGGCCUUGCAAGCUUCUGCCGACGAUUUGUGUGA